AUGGUAACUUCGUUCAAUGCUGAUAUAACGGCUGCUGAAAUCAAGUCGGUUAGAAUCCCACCUCCACCAUCUUUAUCAUUCGAUGAGCUAAUGCUUAGGAUAAAUCAACUUCAACUUGACACAUGUGUGCUCGAUAACACACAACCUUCGAUUACCUGGAAGGGACAUCCGUUACAGAUCGAGCAUCUUCCACACUAUAAUGUUUUACACCCUACCGAAUCACACGUAGUGUCAGUUUUACGUUUAACACCGAUUCAAUAUCUUACUGGCAAGCACACUUUAAUUUCAUCGGCCAGAAGGUACACAGAAAAGGAUCUACCAUUCAAAAAAUCCGAUGCUCAAAAAUUGCUCAGAAUCGAUGUCAACAAAGCAUCAAAACUUUGGGAUUUCUUUCAUCAGAUGAAUUGGAUUCAAUUAUAA